CAUACAUUCUCCCACAAGCACCAACUUCCGUCUAUAAACACUGUCAGCGUUUCGCGUUGUGCCGCUACGUGUUUGGGACAGUUUUUAUUUUAUUUCUGCUGUCGGUUUGAGGACAGGGACAGAGAGAAGCUGAUCACCAUGGCCUCAUCUGAUGAAACCGAGGGCUCUCUGACCCCUGUGGAUUUUAUCCAGCUGCAGCAUUACAUGGAAGACAGCAACUUAAGGGUGAAAGACGUGAUUAAGGAGUUUCAACCUGGAGGUCGCUUGGCGCAGCACAGAUUUGGGGAGUGCGUUGAUGCCGUGGGCUUCUCUCUCUUCCUCAAGACUUACCUAGAAGUGGAUGACUUCCCUGCAGAUUUCUGCCAACGCCUUUUUCGCUAUUUUCGGAAUGUGGAGCAAAAUGGGCCCACAAAGUGCCCUCAGUCGAAAGCAGGUGGUGUCUUUCUACGUGAUGUGUCCUGUUACUUCUCAGUGCUGGAGGAAGGACAGCCACGGGAGAAGCUUGAAUUUACAUUCAAACUAUAUGACAAAGAUGUCAACGGACUCCUGGACAGUUCUGAAGUGGAUCGUAUAAUCACCCAGAUGAUGCGCGCUGCUGAUUAUCUCGGCUGGGAUGUGACUGAACUCAGACCUGUGCUUAAAGACAUGAUGACAGCCAUCGAUGUGGAUGACAGUGGGACCGUCACUCUGGAAGAGUGGGUGAAGGGAGGCAUGAACAAUGUGCCUUUACUUGUUCUCCUUGGACUGAAGGUGACAGAGAGGGAUGGGCAGCACAUUUGGAGGAUGAAGCAUUUUAACAAGCCAACCUACUGCAGCGUGUGUCAGAACAUGCUGCUCGGCCUCGGAAAACAGGGACUCUGCUGCACAUGCUGCAAGUACACUAUCCACAGCCAGUGCGCCAACAAGAAUCCUGAAUCCUGCGCUCGCACAUUUGUCAAAUCCAAAAAGGAAAUUGGUAUAGCAGCUCAUGACUGGAUCAGAACUGACUGUAACUCCACCAAGUGUCAGGUCUGCCACAAGAAGAUCAAGACUUUAGCGGGGAGAUGCUGCAUGUGGUGCCAGGAAAUGCGUCAUGACGAGUGUCUUUUCUCUGGCAUAUCGACCUGCGAGUGUGGACCACUGAAAGAUCAUAUACUACCUCCAUGGGCCAUCUAUGCCGUCUCAAAGGAGGAGGACUCCAGCCUGUUGAAUGUCACUCCGGAUGGCCACAUCCUGCAGAUUGUUCCUAUUCCAGACACCCACCCUCUGCUGGUGUUUGUAAACCCAAAAAGUGGAGGAAAGCAAGGCGAACGAGUUCUCAGGAAGUUUCAGUACCUGCUAAACCCUCGUCAAGUCUACAAUCUGUCCAAUGGAGGCCCUGCUCCAGGGCUGCACUUCUUCCGUAAUCUGCGUGAGUACAGGAUCUUAGUGUGUGGAGGAGACGGCACAGUUGGGUGGCUCCUGGAUGCCAUAGACAAAGCUGACCUCCAGGUGCAUCCUCCAGUAGCUGUGCUGCCUCUGGGCACCGGGAAUGACCUGGCUCGCUGUCUGCGAUGGGGAGGCGGAUAUGAAGGGUCAGACUUGAAAGAAAUCCUGAAGGAGAUUGAAGCUAGCGAAUUGGUUCACAUGGACCGCUGGAGCAUUCAGGUGAUACCGGAUGACCCUCAAGAGGCAGGAGACCCCGUGCCCUACGAGAUCAUUAAUAACUACUUCUCUAUUGGAGUGGACGCCUCCAUUGCUCAUCGCUUCCACUCCAUGAGAGAGAAACACCCUCAGAGGUUCAACAGCAGGAUGAAGAACAAACUUUUGUAUUUUGAGUUUGCCACUUCAGAGACCAUCUCUGCCUCCUGCAAGAAGCUGAAGGACUGUCUCACAAUUGAGUGCUGUGGGAGACCUCUGGACCUGAGGAACAUGUCUCUUGAGGGCAUAGCUGUCCUCAACAUACCCAGCAUGCACGGAGGCUCCAAUCUCUGGGGCGAAUCCAAGAAGCCAGAUGGCGUGCCAGUGAUGGAGCAUAGUGAGGUUAUCACUGACCCCGAAAUUCUAAAAACAACCUCACAAGACAUGAGCGACAAACGUCUGGAGGUGGUGGGGCUGGAGGGAGCCAUAGAGAUGGGGCAGAUCUACACUGGACUGAAGAACGCCGGGCACAGACUGGCACAGACCUCCCAAAUAACCAUCAGGACGAUCAAAGCCUUGCCCAUGCAGAUUGAUGGGGAGCCCUGGAUGCAGCCUCCUUGUACUAUCCAUAUAACUCACAAGAACCAAGCUAACAUGCUAAUGGCCACUCCAACCAAGACCUCCGGCUUCUUCCACCUCAAGUAGAGAAACCACCUCAUCCUCCAGUCUUCUGCUGAGGGCGACUGCACACCACAAUGGAUAAAAAGAAAAUGCGCUAUGCUGAAUGUGCUUUAUUGUUUAGUUUUUAAUGUGUCUGUCCUCUGCACUUAAUCACUGUUGGUUUCGUUUUAAAUUAUUGCUUGCAGUAGAUUCUGCAAUCUGCUUUGCAGAAUCAAAUGUGCAAAUAUUAUUCCUUUGAUUGUUGCUAUUGUGUGCCAACUAAAAUGUAAUGCUUACGUUUUUGUGAAUAAAAGAGCAGAGCAUGUUGUGUGUCUACAGUAUAUGGAUAAAGAACGUAUAUAACUGUGCUUUACUUGUGAGUAUUGUUUCAAUGGUAAAUCAUAUUCAUAAUAGAGUUAGAUGUGUUAGAUGUGUUCAAUCUGCAGGAGCUCUCUUUGAUCAGCAACACGAUCCUACCCGUUAGUUCACUUUCACUGCCAAUGUUUAUCCAGUUGAAAGAAAAUUGUUAAUGACAGUCACUGUUUUUUGUGUGUGUUUUUUUACCGUUACUGAAAUAGGUGUGGAGUGAAUGUGACUGAAUGUGGUUCUAGUUGAGACCUGAAAGUGCUGUGGAGAGUGAGGCUCUAAGUAGCUCUCCUAAAUUUACCAAAUUUAGUAAACCCAAGUUUAGUUACAGUUAUCCUGUAACUUUGGCUAUUUACUGUAAUGUUUGCAUCAAUGUAGUGAACGUUUAAAACUGCCACAAAACACACAGACAUCUACCUGUACAUUACUGUCAUGCUAAAAUGUGGUGAAAGGUAAAAAAAACUGAUAUUAUUUAAAUGAUAUGCAUAAUGUGUCUUCAGCUACCGCGAAUAGGUCUUGUGUUGGAUUUAUAGUGUACUUGUGUACAUAUGUAACACGCUUGUAUGCUCAUUUACUGUCUUGUCUUAAUGUAAAAUUGUGUGAUUCUUUUUCUGUGAAGCACGUUGAAGGGAUGUGUUUAAAGGACAUAGUCUUAAAUCCUCUAAUGAAA